AUCCAUGUUUGAACACCUUGAAGGAAAUAAAACAAUGGUUCAUUCAAGGUGAUAAACAAAAGAAAGAUUCAAGUCAAUGGUUUUCCACGCAAUGCCAGUUUGAUUUGAUUUUAUCAAUAACUGGAUUUCUUGGAAUCGUAGAAUAUGUACUUACUAAUUGGCCAGGUGCUAUAAUUCAACCAAGAAGACUAUCUCAGGAUAUGCUUGAAGGUUUAUUCAGAUCAAUUAGAGAAAUGGCUGGUGACUCUUCCACACAUACAGUUCAAUCCUACGAAUAUGCAAUGAACAAGUUAACAAUUACAAUGCAAAUGAUAUCAGAAAUACAAAGAUUGAAUUAUGGUUUAGCUAAUG